GCAAAUCCACCUCCCUCAACUGGAAACCGGACGGCUCUCCUCUAUAAAACCCUUCCAGAACCAAAAACCACAACCAUAAAAUCAACUCUCUCUCUCUCUCUCUCUCUCUCUCUCUCUCUCCCUCUCUUUCAACACCAUUCCCGGCUCAACUCUCUCUCUUUCUCUCUCUCUCGACACCAUUCCCAGCUCAAUGAUGCUCUCCGAGUACCUGAAGAGUGGUAGUACUACACUCACACCAAGGAAAGGAAUGUCAUGCCUCUUUUCCUUCUCGCAUGUCAAAAACCAUUCUUCUUACACACCUUCAAGCACUUCCACCGGUCCAAAACCUUCCCCGACCUUGUCUCUUUCGAUGAUGGAGGAAAACAUCGAAACAGCUGAAUUCAUCAUCACGAAAUGGGAUCCAAACUCCUCCUCAUACACCAAACUCACGUCUAUCUUCCAGAGUAGCAGAAAAGAGGCCAAACAGCUUCUCAAAUCCGUAAAGGACUUGCGUAGUGCUAUGCAUGUUUUGGUUCAUGAAAGCUCUCCAUCCAGCAAGCUCGUGCUUGCUCAAAACCUAAUGCAAACAGCUAUGAAAAGGCUUGAAAGGGAGUUUUAUGAGAUAUUGUCUGCAAACCGGCGUCACCUUGACCCUGAAUCAGUUUCAAGUCGAACCUCAAUCGGAUCAUGCACAUUUAAUGGUGAAGACGAGGGUGGAUCAGAAGAGUUGGAAAUUGUUGGUGGGUCGAUCACUGAGGUGGAGAGGGUCUCGGCUCUCGCCAUGGCGGAUCUGAAGUCCAUAGCAGAUUGUAUGAUCAGUUCCGGCUAUGGUCAUGAGUGUGUGAAGAUAUACAAAGUUAUCCGAAAGUCAAUAGUAGAUGAGGGAUUGUAUCGCCUUGGAAUCCAACAGUUCAAGUCUUCCCAAAUCCAUAAAAUGGAUUCGGAAGGACUAGAAAACAUAAUCAUGAACUGGAUGGAUGCUGCGAAGAUUGCUGUGAAAGCACUAUUUCAUGGAGAAAAAGUUCUCUGUGAUCAUGUGUUUUCAGCAUCUGAGACAAUCGCAGACUCAUGCUUCUAUGAGAUAACAAAAGGAGGAGCAACCACCCUAUUCAGAUUUCCGGAACUCAUAGUGAAGAACAAGAAGUGCCGGGAAAGAAUUUUCUGGCAACUGGAACUCUACGAAGUAUUCUCCAAUCUUUGGCCAGAGAUUGAAUCAAUAUUUACCUCUGCAUCAACCCAAGCAAUAAAACUACAAGCUCUGGCAUCGUGGCUCAAACUUUCAGAUUCUGUCCAGUCUAGUCUUUCUGUCUUUGAAUCAACCAUUCAAAAGGAUUCAUCAAAAUUUCUAGCCUCUGGUGGCAGGAUUCACCCGUUGACACAAUCAGUGAUGAAUUUAGUAUCUUCAUUAGCAGACCACCAUGGAGCUCUCUCUGAUAUCCUUGCUGACUAUCCACCACCGAAGAAUCAAGUAUCUCACUUCAAGAGCCCAAUGGCAGAUGACGGUUCAACACCAGCAGUGUCAGUCCACCUAGCUUGGCUCAUUCUAGUCCUUAUGUGCAAGCUCGACACGAAAGCUGAAAUUUAUAAAGAUGCGUCUCUGUCAUAUCUCUUCCUUGCCAACAAUCUUCAAUUCAUUGUUGAGAAGGUGCAGCAAACACCGAACCUGAAACUCCUCCUCGGUGAAGAUUGGGUCACUGAACACACGAAGAAGUUUAAACUGUACGCUUCAAACUACGAAUCCACAGCCUGGACAAAGGUGUUAUCAUCAUUACCAGAGAAGUCAUCAGAAACAUCUCCGGAAAUGGCAAGGGAAUGCUUUAAAAUGUUCAACGCAGCGUUUGAAGAGGCAUACAGGAAACAGACAUCAUGGAUUGUAGAGGAUAGGAAAUUGAGGGAUGACUUAAAGGUUUCAAUUGAGAAACUGGUACCAAGAUAUCAAGAAUUUUAUGACACAUACAUGGUAAUGCAGAGUGGGGAGAAAAAUUUGGAGUUGUUGGUAAGAUAUUCACCAGAUGACUUGGGGAAUUACUUGUCGGAUUUGUUCCACAGGACUUCCACCUCAGUUAGUUCCACAACUUCAUCGUCACUGUUGGCUUCACAACGAUGCCUCCGCAUCUAGAUGCAAUUCUAUUACAAGACAAACUGUACCAUUUUGAUAACUAAUACAGGUAACACAGAGAGAAUAAGAACUGCCAAUUUUCUCAAGCUUCAAGUUAUUUCUAUAACCAAGAUAUAGAGAACCAUCUAGUCAAUUAUGAAAGAAAUGAAUGACAUUAUUUGCAUUUAUAU